CAAAGUCGAGCUCACAGUGAAGCACUCUGGCUCAGCGCUUCUCAAAGGGGAGGAAAUAAAACUAUCCGCAACUCAACAAUACAAGCCUAUCCCCCUCCCUUCCUUCACGGCUUUUCCUUCUUUAUCGCACGGACCUACACAGCAAGCAACAAAAACAAAAAAAUACAAAAAAGAAAAAGAAAGAAAGGAAAGAAAACUUGCACGUAAACUUUUGAAGGCAACUUAUUUUUCUUCCUCCUCCACAACCAAAACCAGUCGUGGCACAAACUACCGCUCGUCGCAUUCAGGGAUCCUGCUCGGUCCUCCAUGAAAGAGGGAGUGCGGCAGCAAAUUUGGGGAAAAGAGAUGUCAGCGACCGUCUUGUCUUCUUUCUACGAAAUGGAGAUGUAUUAUAAGGAUAAAAGCGUGAACAUGAACGCCCUACACAUCAACAGCAUGCUGGACAAGAAGGCGGUGGGGGCUCCGGUCACGGCUCCGGGCUCCGGUGGCUCCUUUGCGCCGGGAUUCUUCCGCAGAAACUCCACCAGCAACGUCGAGGCGCUGAACAACGGCAACAAGUACUCGAUGGGCACCUACAGCAGCCUGAAGGAGAACACGCCGAGCACCACCGCCGCCACCACCACGGCUCUCAUGAACAAGGAGAACAAGUUCCGCGACCGCGCUUACAGCGAGAACGGGGACCGGGCCGUGUUGCAGCAGCAGCAGCAGCCGCAACAGCAGCAGCAGCAGCAGAAGCCCGGCUCUCAGAUCAACUCCACCCGCUACAAGACCGAGCUGUGCCGGCCCUUCGAGGAGAACGGGUCGUGCAAGUACGGGGAGAAAUGUCAGUUCGCUCACGGCUACCACGAGCUGAGGAGCUUGUCCCGGCACCCGAAGUACAAAACGGAGCCGUGUCGCACCUUCCACACGAUCGGUUUCUGCCCCUACGGUCCGCGGUGUCACUUUAUCCACAACGCCGACGAGCGGCGGCCCGCGCCGCACGCCAACGCCAACGUGCAGGCGGCGGGGGAGCCCAGGUCCGGCUACGGGCAUAGGGACGUCCUGCCGCCGCAGCAGCAGCAGCAGCAGCUCGGCUACACCCAGCGGGACAGACCAAAGCUCCACCACAGCCUCAGCUUCUCCGGCUUCUCCACGCACCACGGACUCGAGUCGCCCCUGCUCGACAGCCCCACGUCCCGGACCCCGCCGCCUCCCACCACGGCCUCCUCCUCCUCCUGCACCUCCGCCUCCAGCUUCUACGAAGAGGUCCUGUCCCCCAACUCCAUGUCCUGCAUCAACAGCGCCUUCUCCUUCCCCGGACAGGACUUAAAAGCCCUGCUGGCCCCCCUGGCCGUGCACACCCCCAGCGGCUACGCCGGCAGCCACUCCAGCGGCGCUUACUACGGGAACAUGCAGGGCAACGUGUGCCCGUCCUCCCCUCCGACCUACAACAUGAGCCACUUGCAGGCGCUGCGCCGCCUCAACGAGUCGCCGGUGUUCGAGCCUCCUCCCAGCCCGCCAGACUCGCUCUCUGACCGGGAGAGCUACGCGAGCGGGUCCCUCAGCUCUUCCGGGAGCCUCAGCGGCUCCGAGUCCCCGAGUCUGGACGCAGGAAGACGGUUGCCAAUCUUCAGCAGGCUGUCGAUUUCAGAUGACUAAAAAGUUUAAAAAACAAAAAAACAACAACAAAAAAAAAAAAAAAAUGGUGUUUUUAUUUUUCAUAUGGAUUAUGGACUGGUCAGGUGGUGGAAGUACUGGUGGUGGUGGCGGUGUUGGUGGUGGUGGAGGGAGCGGUAAGACUGAGUGAUGUGCCCCCCCUUCUCCCCCUCCUCCCUCCCUCCUUCCUUCCCCAUGGUGCCCUGAUUCCAGCAGCAUCCACCCUGCUGAAGUGCCUUUGAGCAAGACAUUGAAACCCUACCAGCUUCACGGGUGCUCCUGACCCCUCCCUGACCUCCCUGGUGGGGGGCAAAGAGAAGAAGGUCCACCCGCAGGGAUCAAUAAAAGCUUCAUUCAGUUGAAAGUGUCCUUGACCUGGCAUCAGUGUAUUUUUAUUUUUUAUUAUUAUUAUUAUUUUGUGUAUGUAAUAUAGUUGUAUUAAAAAAAAAACCUUAGCUAGCAAACAGAAGGCAUUCCAACAGUGCCUUGCCCAAGGGCUCACGGCAGCCCCCUCUUUUCUUUUUUUUUUUUGUUUUUUUUGUUGUUUUUUUUUUUUUUUUUUGCUCUAUCAGGCAAGCCACACUUUUCCUGGGAUUAGACGUGUGUUUGUGUGUCUGCGUGUGUGUGUCUGCGUGUGUGCGUAACAUGACUUGACAAGAAGAAGAGACUGUAAGCGGUUUCAGAUUUCCUCCCAUCCUGCCAAGAAUAUGCCUUGACUCAAAGUAACAGUUAUUAUUUUUUCUUCUUCUUUAUCAAAGUGUUUUUUUUUUUUCCUUCUCUGAAACUUUCUACUUCCAUUCCAGACCUUUCUUCUUCUUCUUCUCCUCCUUCUCUUUCUUCUUCUUCUUCUCCUUCUCCCAGCGCCACCCAGUGGUUCGUUCAGCUCGUCUAGAUUGUUGCUUGGUUUGAAAAGCACUCUUGAGUUUGGGUUUUUUGUUCGCGGGGGAAAUCACUGCUGAUGGUUGAUAUAUAUUUUUUUAGCUGUUUUUUUUUUUUCUUUUUUUUUUUUUGAGUGAUUUACAUAGCGGUGCAUACCUGUCUAUGGACUAUUUAACUUAUUUAUUAUCUUGUGAAAACAAAAAGUAUAGGCUACAUUGGUAAUUUGUGUCCAUACUGUAUUUAUCAAGUAUGAUGAAGCAAUAGAUCUAUAUUCUUUUAUGUUUAAAUUAUGAUCGCCAUUAUUAAUCUGCAUAAAGUGGAGUGUAUGUUCUUUUCACAGUAAUAUAUAUAUGUUUUUUUCUCCUAUUUUUUUUUUUUUUUUUUUGUAACUUCACUCGGUUAUUUUUAUUGUAAAUGAGUAAAAACAAAAAAAAUCUUAAUUUAAGAGAACGUAUGUGAUAUUUAUUUCAUUAAUUUUGUUUCCUUGUUUACGUUUAUUAAAAAAAAAAAGGUUUGCGUAUUUUGCUGUUUCCUCCUGAGGUUGUGUCAGUGCUGUAGAAGGCUUUCCUUUUUUUUUUUUUUUUUUUUUUAUUUCUAGGAUCCCGAUUCAGAUGUUUCUGUAGAAUGUAUAAACGAUGUGGUUGUACAGACCGUCCAAACUAUUUUUUUUUUUUUUUUUUUGUCGAUCUAGAUCAGACUUUCAGCGACAAAGAAUCCAAGUCAAUAAAUUAACCAAAAAGUAUUUCUUUUUUUUUUUUUUUUUUUUCCUCUCUGUUUGCACGAGGUCACACUGUGAUUCCAGCCACGUGCUAAAGAAUGUAGCAAUCCCUUGUGCCCCAGUAUUAUUAUUGUGUAGUGCCUGUGGGGUUCACCAUCUUGACAUGCCUUAAAAUUAACCAAAUAAAGUAUUUUUCCUACAUUUUA